AUGUACUCCUCGCUGCACCAUGGCGGCAGUCCAUCGGACAGCGAAGCCUCGUCCUUUGCAUCCGAUCCACCUUCAGACUCGCUCGGCGUCCUCGGCGGCGAUGGCCAUGCCGUCGGCGACGCGCUUGCUCUCUUUCCCCCAUCUACAUCCCUCAGCAGCAGAUAUCACUCCAUUCUUUUGAGAGCAAAGCUCAGUGCAAGACAGCGGUCUCCAAGUCCGUGGAACACUGGACCUAAGGAUAAGACACCCCCGCUUCCGUGGUUGCAACAGGAGCAUAACCACAACGCAAAGUCGCCUCAUUCCCAUGACACAUCUCCUGCGUCAUCCUCUUCCUCCUCCAUGAUCCAGCUCGAGGAUAGAGAGGAGGACGAAUUAGGGAUGUCAUCCCCCGGACCAAGCACCACAAAUUGGCUCGAAGAGCCAGACGUCUCAUCAAGGUCCGUGCUGAAAACAAGGCGGGCGAGAUCACAUGCAGAGGCUGAUCGGGCUCUGCGAUGGGCCGCCUCUGUCAAAACCGAUGACUGGGACACAUGGGAAGCAAGUUGGAGGCAAGGCGCUUUUCGCCGAGAGGCGCGAGGGCGAAAACAAAGCCGGCUUGCUGCGGAGCCACAGGCCUUGACCACGCCUUCGCGACAGAGCGACGACCUAGAAUCAAUUAGGAAGAUCCUGGGUACCUUGAGAGUCUCGCAGCAGCAAGAGGAAGAGGCGUUAAAGAAUGACUUCAACAAGCGCUCUGAACAAUUAUGGUUCGAUAUCGAGCAGACCAUCCGCAAAGCUGAAGACGAUACCCGAAAGGCUGCCGAGGCAGAGGCUGAGCGGCUGCGUUCCAUGCGGCUGAAACAGAUCGAGCAAGAGCGAAUCGCUGAAGAGACCCGCAGGAAGGAGCAACAGCGGGUCGAGGAGGAAAGAAGGGCGGAAGAACGGACACGAGAGGAGAAGAGACAAAAGGAGCAGGAGCAGCUCGAACAGAAGCAUAAGGAAGAACAGCAAGCGCGGGUGGAGAAAGAGGCGCAAGAGCGCAAGAGCGUUGCCUUCUCCAAUGCAAAGAAAGAUUACGAGCAUUGGAAAGCUAGCAUGGAAGACAUCAAGAAGAACGUCCUUCCAGCUGUCUCAAGCAAUCCAACUUGGAAAAAGCAAUGCUUCGAUGCGAAACGUAGGAUCACGCCAAAAAUCAGCCAGCUGACCAACUCACGGGAAGAAGUCGUCCGCAUUGCAAUUCUCGAGGUGUUGAACGCUGCCAAAGGUACAGGCGCAAAGGAUAUCUAUAUUUGGAUUCUCAACCACCUUUCCAAAUGCUUGAUCAGACAAGCAGAGCAGGAGGUGGCUGUCAACCAGAGCGCUGCUUUUCCUUUGGCGCAGGUCGUUUCAUGGCUUCUCUUGGAAGAUCAUGUGGAAUUGGGCACAGUCUUGAUGAGUAGGCUCGUGAAAAAGUGCUGCUGGUGCCUGCCCUACCUACCACUUCCUUCACCUGGCCAAGACGACCAAUCAUAUCUCAAGCAGAUCGGCCGCAAAGAUCGCGAAGAAUCGCAAAAUAAUUACGUCUCGCGUAUGUGUGGCAUCUUUGCCUUCUACAUGGCGGUACUGCAGACGAAGCCCACGUCGCCUCCCUCAUCGUUUGCCAUCGGAGCGGCGCCAGCCGUUGAACGCAUUCCGGAGCACUUCAGGUCCUUCGCUCUGUGGCGAUGGCAGGCCCAGAGCUUGCAGCCUCCACUCGUGCACCAGUCCCUCACGCCGAAUCUGUGGUCGACUUUUUUCGACAUUGCCGGCGCAACGGCACAGCGCUUAUACGGGCGCCAAGCCGCCAAAGUCUGGCUUCUGCUAUUUACGGAGGGUAUCCGUGCCAAGCGCGCAAAGUGGUCCACCUGUGAAGAUGCGACUGCGGCAACUGCACGCCUCACUCUGCUCCUCGAGCAAUGGCAGCGGGAAGGUUCAUUCAAGGAAGCGAAAGGAUCGCAAAUGGGCCCGUGA